AAGAAUCAUAAUAUGUUUAAAGAAAUACUCCAUCUAGAGUUCUAUUGUUUUUGUUCUAAAUUUCAUUUAGAACAAGUAAAAGAAAUUGAAUUUGGUGUAGCAAGAGGUAGUGGAUCAGACUCAGAAGAAUCAUUAAGUUCAUUUUCAGAAUCUAAAAUUCAUGAGUCCGACUCAGAUUUUGAUGGCUAUGGCUUUCCAUUAAAAAAAACAACUAAUGAGCAUGGACAUAUAUAGCUUGUUCCACUAAAUCGGUGCAAAUGAGUAUGCUCUACAAAAUUCAGAAAAUUCUGACGGACGGAGAAAAAAGAAAAAAAAACACUAGUUCAAUGGGAAAAACUCUAACUGUCAAAGAAAAAUGCCUAUCCCAAGAGAGCGUGCAUUGCUAGAGACAUUCUUUUGUACAUUGGCAAAUUUUCAUUUUGAUCGGGCUCGAGAAUCUAUUGAAAGAGAAAGAGAAGAAUCUAAGCAUGAACCAGGAACAUUAUAUACUAAUUUACUUUCUUGUUUAAUAUCUCUCCCUAAUAUUGAAAAAGGGUAUUUUAUGAUGCUAUUUGUUGAGCGAAGAUUAUUGAGGCGUGAAACUAUAAAACCUUUGUACUUAACUCUCUUGUCAGAUUUGAAAAAACAUGUUUGUGUUGAUAGUGAAGAUGCACUUCAUGGCAUAGAUGCAAUUUCUUUCGACUUAUCAAAACAGCUUGUUCAGUUCAUUAAUGCACGUAUUUGCAUGAUUGACUUUUAUGAAAAUUUAGUGAGGACCAGCUGGAGCCAUACUAAAGACAGAAAAUUAAUAUCUACUGCAAUUUCAGAAAUAAUUUCAAAAUUUGAUAAAGAGUUUCACCAUCCAAUGCUUGAUCCUUUAAAAACAAGUUUUACAAUAGAAGUUGAUGUAGUGCAUUACCUUAUGCGUUUAGAAAUCCAGCUAGCUGAAUGGGAUUUUUUUGAAUCUUUUCUUUUACUCCGUGAAUGUCACUCAAAGAUAAAUUCCUGGUUUGUGGUUUCUGCAACAUCAGACCCUCGUGAGCAAUUAUUUUUUAAUAAAAGCUUUUUUCGUAAGAAAAAUUUAGAGUUGCCUUUUCUGUAUGAGUGGCUUAAUCGAUUUUAUGAAAUGCUUAUAUCAAAGUUUGCUUUUUAUUUCCACACUACAUUGAGCUCUCACAUUUUGCAGCAGGAGAAAAAGACUCUGUUAAGUCGAUUAAAUGUUGAUUAUGUUACAAAGUUGACAGACUUCCAGAAAAAGUCAGGUGCUUUCUGUAUAUCUCUUGUCCUUGAUGCUAGUAAAAAAGCUAGCACUUAUUGUGGUCAUGGUUAUCAUUUACCCUCAACAAUACGAUCACCACCAACUGGUAUGAACUCAUACCCUAGUGUUUUAAAUAUACCUGAUGUUAACAUAAAAGAACAUUGGCCUAAUAUAAUUUCUAUGAUAAAUGAUAACAGCAUGACACUUAAUGUUACAGACAAAAUAGUUCAUGUUUAUGACUCAAUGCUUCAAAGUUCUUAUUUUCUAAUCAAAGUGGAUUUGCUUAUGACUUUGGUUGUGACCUACAAUACAAAAAAAAAAGAAAAAGACAGUUAUGUAACUAGUAUACUCUCUGAAAUACGUUCUCAGUUGGACCUUGAUAAACUUUAUUUAAUGCUAAAAAACCAGCAAAAGUCUUUUAAUCAAUAGCUAAUAAAAACUAAAACAAUAUUUAAUAAUAAAAAGGUAAAAUUUAAAGAAAUUCUUUUUUUAUUUUCUAUUUUUAUAUUUUUUACAGUUUUGUAUUUUUAUAAUUUUAAGUUUGUAAAGCUUUUUUCUCACAUCUAAAUAAUUAUCCAUCUAAAUAAGCAUCCAUCUAAAUAAUUAUUCAU